AUGAACUAUAAAUCUAACAGUGAAAGCAUAGGACCAUUUUGUAGCUUCGACCAGGAGGAGCGUCAAUCGGCGGCCCGAAAAAUCCAGGCAUUCUGGCGUUCACACCAGGAUAGGCGGCUUUUCAGUCUGCUGUUAAGCACCGUUCGCGCAGCUGAGCAUUCUGUUGCGCCUGCUGUUCUCUGCCAGCUUAGCCCAAGAGAGGCCCUCUUGUUGAGAGACCCCAGCAUUCAUUAUAAAGUCAGAUUGAGGUUCGCAGGUUCCUACUUUCCUCCUGUAGUGGUCUUCAAGAUUAUUGAUCUGAAAGGAGGGAAGUACCUUUCUGGCAAGAAGCUGUUCUGCUCCUCAAAUCAGGCCACAGCAGAGACAUGUAGGAUUAUGGGAAACAGGAAGUUCCUUGAUAUGCUCAUUACUGAUGAGAUCCAGAGCCAAGAAGGGAAGAUUGUGGACAUGAUGGAUGUUCUAAGUAAGAGGGAUUUUAUGCAGUUCAAUAGCCACCUGGAUGAGCUGCCAGCACACCUGGGUGGGAGAGAUAAUGGCUGGAGAACCGUUGCCCUAAAACGGUUGUGGCGGGACAUCCUGCGACACAAAAGGGGUGAAAAUGGCUUCAUGGCAAGCAGAUUAAGAAAGAAGCUCCUGUCAGUAACCCCAGGGGGCAGUUCUGUGCAGGGAAGAAGGACCCCUCGACUGCACAGGUAUGGUGCAGUGGGAUCCACCCCCCUACCAUCCUCCCGCCGUUCCUCCAAGGCCUGCAAAAUGGCCACCCAGAGGAAACAGCUUUAUGCCUCAAACAAAGAGAGCAAGGAGGAAGAGGAGGAACAGGAGAGAAAACGAGAGGAAAUCAAUGAGGAAGGAAUAGGGGAGGUGGAAAAAGACACUGGGCGACACCCGAGGCUCGAGGCACCACAAACAAAGCAGUUAGUGAUGCCUGAGGAUGACUCUACAGAUUCUGAAUGGGAAGAAGAGGUGGAACGUUUGUACUCCUGGACAAAAGGGCUCUCUCUGAGUGACAUGGAAGUAUCACCUCCUGAUCAUGCAGAUCAAUUGUCAAUGCAGACCCAAACAGAUAGACAGUAGUAGGAAGCAAUAUAACGUACUGGCAUGGUUUUUCUGUCCUUGAGCAAAUUACUUAAUCCUAGCCUCUUCAGCAAAUAUCCAGCUGAAUAGACAAUGCAUGCAAAUGUAUGAUUGCUUACUUAGAUGUUAAACUUACUUCUCACACAAAAAAACAUAAUUAAACAGCCUAAAAUGGAACAGGUGAUUUUGCAGACCAUAUUUAUCAAGUGCCCUGAUGAAAAGAAAUAGUCUAAGAGUUUAUUUCUCACAGUAAAUGAAAGCUGACAAACAUUUUAUUUUACUUGAAUGGUAAACCUAAUAUGACCAAGCCCCCCCCCCCCAUCAAAUGGACAAUAGAGUAGUCAUGCAUGUCUGGUCCAGAACUGACUGCCUACCACAUGAAAUCACUUUAUGUGAUUACCAGGAAAAGUGAGGUUAAUGGCACUGAGAGCUGACAUAGCAUUUGCCAAUGGACGCAAAUCCUAAAUAUUUAGUCUCUUUAGUCCACUAUAAGAAGAUUUAGGUCUGAAACACCCAGUAGGAUCAUUCUGCACAACUGUACCAUUUACAUUUACCAGAUGUUUCCAAAUGGGUUUAGCAGAGUAAGAUUUUUUUUUCCUGCUGUUGUUUAUCUUUAAUGCCCAUGUUCCCUCUAUCAAUGCAUAUUCCAGUGUCAGUCUUACAAAUUUAGAAAAUGUUCCAGUUACAUUUUGAUAUAAAUGCUGGAAGGUGAAAA